AUGGCUGAAAAGAUAAGGAAAGCCAACAACACACCUGCCUCCAUGCCUGCCAACCUGUUGGUGCUGCUGCCACUGCUGCUACUUUUUGGGGUAUGUGUUCGUGCCAUUUGCCCAAUAAUGUGCACCUGUACCAGGGGCCAUAGGGUGGUGGACUGUUCUGCCCGUGGUUUGGGUAUACUUCCUGACAGCCUACAGCACAACAUUCAUUUCCUCAACCUAUCACAUAACCGGCUCCAAAAUCUUGAUGGAUUCCUUAGCCAUUUUGACCACUUAAGAACUCUGGACAUCUCCUUUAACCAUCUCAAUAACAUUCCUGUUGACCUUCCUCGAGCUCUUUGGGAUAUACGUGUCUCAGGAAACUAUAUCCGGCAGUUGGAGAAGAAUGAUACGGCUUACCAUUGGAACCUUCAGUCACUGGACCUGUCACACAAUCAUUUGGAGCGUGUGGUCUUCAUCAACAAUACGUUGUCCAGUCUGCAAGCCCUGAAUCUCAGUCACAAUAAAUUCUGGACAGUCCCCACAAACAUGCCCUACAAUCUGGAGAUGGUGGACAUAUCACACAAUUUCCUGCUACAGAUCCUGCCUGGCUCACUGGAUCGCCUGCCGCUGCUGUCUAGAUUCUACCUGCAUGCCAAUCGUUUCACCUCAUUAGGCGAAGGUGUAUUUAGUCAACUCGAGGGACUGCAGCUCCUCACACUUGGAGAUAACCCUUGGGCUUGUGAGGAUGAGGAUAAUAUUAACCAUCUGCUGACUUGGAUGCAGCAGACCACUGCAAAAGUGCUGGGCUGCCCCUGCUACACCCGGCCCACAUGUGGGGAGGUCCACCUGGCUGCUAGGAGAACCUGGCCUUUGGCUGCAUUCACAAAGCCACUGCUGGGAGCCGAUGCCCGUAAUCCUGGCUAUAAAUCACCAAUGCAGGCAUCUACCUCUGGGUAUCUGCCCAAGUCAGCCCUCCUGAAUGUGCAUCACAGUCCAAGGGUAAUUAAUGCAUCUGGAGAAGGCGAGCAAGCCCUGAACAUGGGUGGAGGGUUUCUCACAUCCACCCCACAUAGCCCCUCCACACAGAUAAGCACAACAAUCCGAACACAAAGCAUUAAGAAGGUCCUUCCAGUUGUAAUUCUGCGAGACCACACGAGCCCCUACCCCUCUUUGACAUUCUUUGUCACAGCCUCCACACAACAUCGAAGUCCACCUGAUCAGCCUACACUUGUGACAGUCAGAAAAUGGUUUGAGAUCCACGGCUGA